AAUAUGAACAACGUCACUGAAUUUGUUCUGUUGGGACUUUCCCAGAACAAGAAAAUUAAAAACUUGUGCUUUCUACUAUUCUUAUUUUGUUACAUAGCUAUUUGGAUGGGAAACUUGCUCAUAAUGAUUUCUAUCACAUGCAGCCCGCUAAUUGACCAACCCAUGUAUUUCUUCCUUAAUAACCUUGCACUCUCAGAUCUGUGUUAUACCUCAACAGUGACACCCAAGCUAGUCACCGACUUGCUGGCAGAAAGUAACAUGAUUUCUUAUACUAGCUGUAUGGCACAGCUUUUUGCCAUGCAUUUCUUUGGGGGGAUUGAAAUCUUUAUCCUCACAGCGAUGGCCUAUGACCGCUACGUGGCCAUCUGCAAGCCCCUGCACUAUACCAUCAUCAUGAACAGGCAGAGGUGUUAUACCAUAGUCACUGCUAGCUGUACCGGGGCAUUUCUGCAUUCUUUUUUCCAGUGUCUCCUUACCAUCAAUUUACCUUUCUGUGGCCCCAAUGAAAUAGAUCACUACUUCUGUGAUGUGUAUCCUUUGCUGAAACUGGCCUGCACAGACACCUACCGAGUUGGGAUCCUAGUGGUUGCCAACUCAGGCAUGAUGGGCUUGGUGACCUUUGUGGUCUUGGUGCUGUCUUACUUGUUGAUAUUAUACACCAUCAGGGCUUACCCUGCAGAGAGCCGCACCAAAGCACUUUCCACCUGUAGUUCCCACAUCACAGUUGUUGUUCUGUUCUUUGUGCCUGUUCUCUUCAUUUACAUUAGACCAACCACAACUUUCCCGGAAGACAAAGUGUUUGCUCUCUUCUACACCAUCAUUGCCCCCAUGUUUAACCCUCUCAUUUACACAUUCAGAAAUGUGGAGAUGAAGACUGCCUUGAGAAAAGUGUGGUGCCAGAAACUAUGUUUUAUUGGAAGGCAAAUCAUCUGAAAGGCAUUUUCCUUCCUCAUUACAUAUCUUACUUACGUGACAUUCAUUGUCUUGAAAAACCAUGAACUCCGCUCUAAGAAAAAUAAGCAUAGACAUUGGUGUCAGUGAUAUUCUCUCUACUUAAGUUCAUUAAACCAUGAAUUUUGCUCUAGGAAAUAUAAGCAUAGACAUUGGGGUGACUGCAUUAAUAUAAUAAUUUACC